GAAUGGACCGGUUUGGCGCACGAAGACAUCCCGCGGCCGGUGGAGCUUUCUUUUUCUGUAUCCGAGCUUUGCGCAACCCUCCCGCCGCCGACCACCCACCUCGACGACCUGCUACAACCACAGUGUAGCUCCAAUUGGGUCGUGACAACAAUUACAUACCCUCAACAUGUUGGCUGCUCGCUCUUUCGCCGCCCCUGCGCGGCAAUGCAUGCGCCAGGCUAACCGCGCACGAUGGGCGCCCGCGCUGUCCCAGGUCUCCGCCCGCACAUACGCCUCCGAGGUCGCCAAGUUCCACGGAAAGAAGGGCAGCGACGGCAAGUACUCCGUCACUCUAAUCGAGGGCGAUGGUAUCGGCCCCGAGAUUGCGCAGUCGGUCAAGGACAUCUACUCGGCCGCCAACGUCCCAAUCAAGUGGGAGUCGGUCGAUGUCACCCCGCGCCUGAACGAGGACGGCAAGACAGUCAUCCCCGACGAGUCCAUCGCCAGCGUCAAGAAGAACUUGGUCGCCCUCAAGGGCCCCCUCGCAACGCCCAUCGGCAAGGGCCACGUCUCGCUCAACCUUACUCUCCGCCGUACCUUCAACCUCUUCGCCAACGUCCGCCCCUGCAGAUCCAUCGCCGGCUACAAGACCCCCUACGACGACGUCGACACUGUCCUGAUCCGUGAGAACACCGAGGGAGAAUACUCUGGUAUCGAGCACAUUGUAGUCGAUGGCGUUGUCCAGAGCAUCAAGCUCAUCACCCGCGAGGCCUCUGAGCGCGUUCUGCGAUACGCCUUCCAGCACGCCCGCGACAUUGGCAGGAAGAAGGUCCGCGCUGUGCACAAGGCCACCAUCAUGAAGAUGUCCGACGGUCUCUUCCUCAGCACCGCCCGCGAGAUCUCCAAGGAGUUCCCCGACAUUGAGUUCGACGCUGAGUUGCUGGACAACACCUGCUUGAAGAUGGUCACCGACCCUGUUCCCUACAACGACAAGGUCCUCGUCAUGCCCAACUUGUACGGAGACAUUCUCUCCGACAUGUGCGCUGGUCUCAUCGGUGGUCUCGGUCUUACUCCUUCCGGCAACAUCGGUGACAACUGCUCCAUCUUCGAGGCUGUCCACGGAUCCGCCCCCGACAUUGCUGGCAAGCAGCUCGCUAACCCUACCGCGCUUCUUCUCAGCUCCAUCAUGAUGCUGCGACACAUGGGUCUCACCCAGGAGGCCGCCAACAUUGAGCAGGCCAUCUUCAAAGUCCUUGCUGAGGGCAAGACCAUCACCGGUGACCUUGGCGGCAAGGCCAAGACCUUCGAGUACGCCGACGCCGUCAUCAAGGCCCUGAAGUAGAUUAGGUUAUGGAUUUGACGAGCAUUGAAUGACCGAAUGGUAGCAAUUGCAUAUUGUGGAUAUGUACUAGUCCUUGUACUAUAGCUGCCACCUAGCUGGAUAUACCUCUUGAACUUGCACGUUAUCAUCAGAAUCUUUUAGGACAUGACUUGUGUGAAGUGCUGCAGUCUGUGUUCUUACUCUAGUCUGCAACAUUGUAGGUGUGUGAAGUCGUCAUGAACAAAGCAUCUACGAGAAUGAUGUCUCGCGGCAGAGAAACGGCGGCACGUCGAUUCCUUCAAAGUCCCAUGGCGCAACGCGGGCAAGUAUUGCCGAGCAACAUCGCGUUACCUUGAACAAGGCCC